GAAGCUCAUGGCAACAAAUCGCCAUGUUUUGUCUUCCCAGACUAGCAGCCUAAGCUAGGACCUUUUAGCUAUGGCACUGAAUUAUAGGUGCAAAAUCUUAGCUAAAGCAUAAAAAAAUAUAUUGUGGAGGUUGUCACCGUUUGCGCAAUGCCAGGCUUUCUCUGGUGACGCCGAACAGAUGCUUGGAGCGGUUCCUUAAAGGUCGGAAGAUAGCAGUGUCCUUGAUUCAUGGCAGACAUGGACAAUGUGGAGGUGGGGGAGGUUGUGAAAGUGACAGAAGAAGUUGAGAGUGUGGACAGCCAGAUGGAGUUGACCUCCCCCAAAAAGAAGAGGAGCAAAGCUGAGGAAAGCAGUCAUGAAAGGCCCAAAAAGCCCCGGUCUGCCUACCUGCUGUACUACUUCGACGUUCACCAGUUCAUGCAACUCAGAAGCCCGAAUCUGCCUCAGUCCGAGGUCAACAAGCGCAUCAGCGAGAGCUGGAGGAGGCUGAGCGUAGCCGAGAAGAGCUACUAUCUGGAGAGAGCCAAGCUGGAGAAGGAGGGGAUAGACACAACAUCUCAAAGCUCCAGCAAACAUCUGCCGGGCUUCCGCAAAAUCCUCCCCAGAACCAAUUGCUUUCUUGUGCCGAACAGCACCUCCCCCGUUUAUCAGCCCCUAGGCUCUCGCUCAGAGGUGAGCAUGAAAUCGCUGGGCUUUGCGGCUGAAGGAGGCCUGUGCUCGGUCGCCCUCGGGGUCCCCGAGUCCCGAGCUGCACCUGUCAGGUUGGCUGCCGAGGUGGAAAUUGCCGAGACCCCCUCUGUUCCCAGCGAUAACGCAGAGGAGACGGCGGUGUCUUCUUCUGUGGGUCUCCAGAGAAAUUCACCACGGCCUUCGUCCAAAAGCCCGACCUCCACGGACAUCCAGGACUCACAGGGCUCUGCUGACACUGAGGCACCGAAUGGUGUCACGCUGAACACAAAAACCAGUGGGGUGACCGUGCAAAUGAUGCCAAGAGAAGCUACACAGAUGGUAACCCUUGUGCCCACCCUGAACCAGCUGGAGCCUCAGCCUUUAGCAGCCAUUAGUACCCUGCACCCAGUCAUGAUGAUAUCUGUAGGGCCCAAAUCGGACCAGAUUCCCAGACCUUCUUAUAAAAUGUCUCUAAAGACGUAUACUAAGAGAGGUCGAGGGAGGUGUCCAAUUCCUGGCUGCUCGUUCAUGUACGUCACUCGUCACAAACCGCCUACAUGUCCCCAAUGCGGGAGCCAUUUGGGAGGAAAAUGGGUACCUGCUGUGAAGGCCAAAAGGACAAAAGAUAAAGCUGCUGCUUACAAGCUAACAACUGACAAUACGAGUAAGGAAAGCUGCCAGGCUGCAGGGAGCCUUUCUGCAGACUCCAGUAAACCCGACUCCAGUGGCAACGAAGAGCAAGCUCACUGGAGCGACGGAAAACAGCCUGCACUGCCACCAGAGGGCAGCACCACCACACCCCUGCCUUUAGAAUGUAAACAGAUCAAAGGAACUCCUAAAAGCCCGCCUCACAAAGCGGUGAAGAACUUUGCUGCUGUUCAGAAGAAGCCUGUGAGACCCAUCCUCCCUGCCCUCUAUAACCCAGGCGGUGCUGUGAUCCAGUUCCUAACCGUCCCACGUGCAAAAGAAAAACUUCACGUCGUCUCCAGAAACGAGAACACAGCAGCAGUGCCUUCAGAGAGUUUGUCGGGUCUGAAACCCAGCACUUUAAAGCAGCUUGGCCACACCGUCCCGACCACCACAGCCGACCAGGACUCCCAGGUCCCAGGAGACAGAAGCCCACAUGUGACCCCUGACAGAGGCGUGAAUGUUGUGUCUCUAAUGCCUUUCAAACACACUGUUUCCUGCUUUGAUUUAGGGCUGUCCACAUCACGAGGCAGGGGCCGCUGUAAGAACCCGGCCUGUGACUACAUGUAUAAGAACCGCCACAAACCGGCCGUGUGCCCCAAAUGUGGCAGCGAGCUGAGCAGAAAGGAUCCCAAACCUCCGAAGUCUGAGACUUUGCUAGAUCCCUAUCAGGACCUGAGCGCGGCUCAGAGGGACGUCCAGCGCCAGAGCACUCUGCAGCUGAUCCGCAGCACCCUGCAGAUUCCUGAGAGUGAGACGGAGCUUCAGGAAACCAUGAGCCUCAUCCAGGAGCUGAACAGUGUUAAAGUGGUCUUAGUUAGGAGCAGCGAGGAAAGCGAUGCUGAAACGGAGACGCUGUUCGAGUCUGGGUGGCCUCAGUUUUAUGAAUCAGCAGCUACACGCUGCGGCCUGUGUGACUACUGCCUGUUCAAAGGAGGCCCAGGUACUGUUGCGGGACAGGAGGACUGCUGGCUGCUCACCGAGACUCUGAUGCAGGCGGCGUCCCUGCAGCUCAAAGUGUGUCCCAACGUUCAGUGUUUGGCCCUGCACACCUUUACAGAUCUGCAUCCAGGUUUGUUCAACAUUGGGAACCGACUGCUUGUGAGUCUUGACUUGUUUCUGAAGAUCAGAGCCAACAUCAAGCUGGGCCAAACUCCUCCUCAGGCCGCCAGGUCUGUGUUUGACCAAAUCCCAGGUCACCCAGUCCACAGUCUCACUCCAGAGGAAUCGUCUCAGGUCCAAGAGCUCCUCCUGGCCGGCUACUGGGCCUUCGAGUGUCUGACGGUGCGGGAUUACAACGACAUGAUCUGCGGCAUUUGCGGCGUUGCUCCAAAGGUUGAGAUCGCGCAGAGGCGGCGAAAUGACGCCCUGGAGCUGAAGAACGUGGAGUUCACCUGGCCCGAGUGUUCAGUGUCGGACGAAGUUCACGUCGAUGACUUCUGGCUGACCAUGGAGGGUGAAGCGAUCGAGCAAGCAGCUUUCCCCGCAGACAUCCCCAUCACACGGAUGGACGCGUCCAUCAUCGCUCCGUUCGCACCCCCUCUGAUGAGGAGCGCCGUUGUCAUCAACGCAGAGAAAGACAAGCUCACGCCCCAAGUGCAGCAGCCUGCAGGAGAUCCAUCGGUUUUGGUCCGUCUGAUCCACGACGGUCAGCUCAGACUCGACAGGGUGGAAGAUCACAGUGAGGACGAGCUGAGAGCGAUACUGGAUUGCUGUGGAGUGGGCCUCGCUCCUGGCUCCACCAAGAACGAGCUUCUGGCCACUCUGGUCAACUUGUACACACAUGUUCACAGUGGCCUUUCCACGGCUCCACAGCCCCCCGCCCAUCUCACUGCAGGCAAGCUGUCCAAGGUCUGCCCCCACAAGGUGGUGUGCUCCUCCAAGUACUUGGUGAGAGGAGAGACGGCUCGGGACCACGUGGACCUGCUCCUCUCCUCCCGGUACUGGCCCCCGGUUUACGUUUGCGACUGUCCCCGUCAAGUGGCGCUCUGCGCUGACCUGCAGUACCCGGAGUUGGCGACGCAGAUGUGGGGCAGAAACCAGGGCUGCUUCUCUGACCCCUUCGAAAAGCCAGAAUCCGUGUCGUGCCCUGAGCUCCAGGACCAGCCGUACACCGCCGACCUCUCCAUGGUCGCUGAGAACCAGCAGGUUCACCCCAUCACAAAGUCUUCCUCCUGCUGGCUGGUUCAUCCUCCGGGAGCGGCUCAGGGGACUCAGGAACACCACUCCAUGAGCCGCUGCACAGAUCUGGAGCCAUAUGUCCGUCUGCUCGCGGAGCCGGACACCGAGAAGGAAGAGGAGCGUCGCGAAGAGGAAGAUCGGGAAGAGCCGACCGAUGCCUCAGAGGAGGACUCUUCAAAAGAGGCAGAGGACCAUCCCAAAGAGCAGGCAGUGAUUUUCAACAACACGGCGUAUUACUACCUGUACAACCGACUGGUAGACUUCCUGAGCAGCAGAGACAUAGUGAACCAGCAGAUCAGCCAGGUUGUGAAGGCUUGUCAGCCCGGAGAGGUCGUGAUCAGAGACGCUUUGUACCGACUCGGAGUGGCGCAGAUAAACACAGAGAAAGACGAAGACGAGGGACAAAGAUUAGACAUGCAGACUGAGGAAGGAGGAGAAAAAGACCAGAUGGUUCUGGGCGAUUAAAAAACAAACAAAUCAUAAGUUAUAAGCGCCAUAACAAGAGAUUUAGGUGCUACGGCCAGGAUUU